GCCGAGCUCCUUGAUGAUCAAUCUGAACAACUCAACGCACAGUCUUCUGAUGCAAACCACCACUUUGAGAUUCCAGCUGCGUCUUACACUGCACGGGGCGUCAUCUCUGAGCAAUCGCACGCCAGCCGGACUCACAAGAUUAGUGGUGAGGAAGAAAGGCAGGAGGUAGUGGUGGAGGUUGAGGAGCCCUUUGGGGCUGCCCUCACGCAGAAGCAAGAAGCGGCGGAGCCUACAUUCAAGCUGGAGAACAAGGGUGAUGCAAAAGCUGAUGUUCUCUUGUUAGAUGGAAACUCAGCUGACCAAUCUCGUGAGGAUGAUCAGACACUUUGGAAGGCGUCAAGCUGGCACUUUGUUAAGGGAAGGGACACAGAGGUAGUUGAGAAGGAUGUAGAAGGAAAGUCUAAUCACCAUGAAUCCAACUGGCAGUUGGUGCCGGAUAGAAUCCCCAGAAGCAGCAACAAGACACCUGCAAGUGACACUGCAUACACUAUUGCGCUUGGCAAGUCUAGCGAACUCCUGCCGGAUGUCAUCUUGUCCUCAAGGCAGACAAGGGGUCUACUGGCCACAGAGAAGACGGUGGCAAGCUACAGCGAAUUGACAAAUGGGGUGAAUACCAAUGGGUACGCUACUUUGAGAUUGAUAGCCUCGUUUGCAAUCACAGGGAUGGUCAGUAUCAGCAGGAAUCUGACCAUCAAAAGCGACACCUCUCUUUGCGGUGGGCGUUGCACGAUAUCUGGAAGCAAAAGCUACCAAAUCUUCCAGCUCUCUGGUUCGAUUACUGUUACCUUCCAAGACCUGAUUCUCUCCUCUGGGUACGGAGUGGGGAACAGCGAUGCAGGAGCCAUCCUUACUUAUGGAGCUGCCUCCGCCUCCUUCACCAACGUAAACUUCACCGGAAACGCUGGGCAGAGAACAGCAGGGGCCGUGAACCUAGGUGGCUCGGGUUAUCUUGGUUUUUUCUACUGCUCGUUUGAGGGCAAUACGUGUUCGAGCGCCAUUCUCAACUCGCUGUGCACGGGAGCUGCCCUGAGCAUCACUGGUGGCGGCGGGAAAGCUCUCUUUUGGCGGUGCACGUUUUCCAACAACAUCGGCGGAAUUGCCAGCCUGAGCAGCGGAACUGCGGAAGACCUGGCGAUCGACACGAGUAGCUCAAAUCCAACCAUCUACAUCUGCCCCUCUACGACCUCAGUGAUCAUCGGCAACAAUGCGGGGAACGUCGUCUAUCAGCCCUGUUGGAACACAUUUGUUUUUAACAUCAACUGUCAGAAGGGGGGGUUCACGAACAACAUUUCCGCCGCUCUGGGGGGGUGCCAGAACCUGUCCACCGUGGCUGCGGUAGGGGGCGUGAAAGUGGUGAAGGGCCCCGGGGGGCACGCGCUCGCGCAGGUCACGGCGACGCUGCAGGCGUACUGGCCGACCAGCGUGACGUCAGCGUUUCAGACCCAGAUGAACGCCAGUUACGCCACGUGUCUCAACCAGCAAGCAAAUGCUGACGUCCGCAGCUGUCGGUACCUCCCACCGGGCUCGGAUCAACUGAGCCCUCUCGCCGCCACCUUACUGAGCCUUAACGCAACUGCGGGGACGUUACGCCCCACAUUCCAGCCGACAGUGACUGCCUACUCGCUGCCGGUCAACAGAUCUUUGACCAACGUCACCUUAAGCUUCGCGCCCUACGACCCGUCCGGGUCAACGCUACGCGUACUUAACCCCUCAAGUAACCCGGUUUUUGACUCCCAACUCAACGGCACCUUGGAGCAAACAGUCAUUACAGUCGACUUGACCUCGAUCUCAGUAGGCGUUCCAGUAACUUAUAAGGCCGUCAUUAUGGCUUGGGACGGGAUUACGGUCAACACGUAUACAGUUAGCCUGACCCGCGUUCCUAACCGGGACGCAUCUCUCCAAUUCAUCGCAACCAGUCCCAGCCAGAUCGACCCUCCUUUCGCCACGUGGACAACCGUAUACGCCACCAACGUGACCUAUACGAUAACGUCGUUUGCCAUAAGAGCGCUGACGAACGACGCGUUUGCAAGCGUGGUUAUCGGUAACCCCAGCAGUUACGGACCCCCGACAGCUGGCAGCGGGUCAACAAGCCUGAUGUUAUCCUACGGAAUAAACCGGAUCCCGAUUACCGUAACGGCGGAGGACCCAACCGUUGUGCUAACCUACACAGUUUUUAUAACCCGUUUUCCGGACCCGACGAUCCCCCUCGUCUGGUAUCUGAGCGGGCCCCCUGCGGCGACGCAAAAGAUGACGUCAACAUUGACGUACACGGGCGCGGUGAAUGGAGGGGCGUGCGCAGCGUGCACGUACAUGUGUCUGCUAGACGGCGUAGAUAUGGUCGCGUCGCAAUGCCCAGUCGCAACAGCGCCCACAAUCCAAAACGGACUCGUCGCCUUCUCGUCGACGUUUGGCGUCAACUCCGACGGGAAUUACACCCUGCACGUGUGGGCGAAAACCAUCACCGGGAUUACCGGCGACCCGGUCGACUACACGUGGCAGGUCGACACGGCGCCACCUGUCGCCGUCGUAACCAGCGGGCCCGUCGCGGGGUUGAACAUGACAAGCGGGGACCUGAGGACGAGCAGUCAGAACGCGUUCUUUAUGUUUCGGGGGACCGAUAACGGCGCCGCUUUUUGCGGUGGCUGCACGUAUCUUUGCCAGGUGGACGCCACUGGUUGGUGGCCGUGUGAUGCGGAGCGCGGGAUCGGGUACGGCGGGUUCGGGAGGGGGCGGCAUGAGUUUAAGGUCUCUGCUACGGACGCUGCCGGGAACGUCCAAAUCGUCCCGACCUCUCUCUUCUGGACGAUUGACUACACGCCUCCUUAUAUCGCCAUAACCUCUCCCCCGCCCCCCCGGACCGCCAACGAAACCGUCCAACUCGCCUUCUGGGGGGGCGCCUUUGGCUCUUCAACGGCCCCCUGCGACGGGUGUGAAUACGCCUGCCAGCUGGACGGGGGUAUUCCCAUCGACUGCGACUCCCCGGUUGUGUUUGAGGACCUGACGGAAGGCUGGCACUUUGCGACGGUUGUAGUGACGGACCGUGACGGGGCGUCAAUCAGCAGUGCCAGCUGCGACUGGACCGUCGAUCUGACGGGACCAACGGCACAGAUUCGCUACCCGCCGCCUGAUCCCACCCCCGCGCCGAAUGCGUUCUUCAGGCUUUACGGGUUCGACAACGGCACCGACUGCGCCUACGCCUGCUCCUUCUUCUGCUCCCUCGAUUCCGCUCCGUUCCUUCCGUGCUCCUCCUCCAACGGAACCAACACCUACGCGGUCGACUCCCUCGCGGCGGGCGACCACUCCUUCUCCGUAUACGCUAUCGACGCGGUCGGGAACGCGGGCCAAUCGGGGACUUACACGUGGAACAUCAACCCGUGGCUCCCGACAGGGUUCGUGCUCAGCGGCCCAAACACGGCGGUUCCCGUCAAGAACACGAGCGCGGAAUUCGAUCUCGCUGCGAAGAUCGUCGGGGUUAGCUGUACGGCUUGCAGCGUCGGGUGUUCGCUGGACGGAGGGCCGGAGACCCCUUGUAGCAGCUUGGCGCCGUUGCAGUUCAAGGGGCUGGCGGACGGCGAACACAGCCUGGUCCUGCUUGUGAGCGAGCCGAGCGGCAACUCGUCCUACUCCCAGGCGUACGUUUGGAAAGUCGACACGACCCCCCCCGUCCCUGCUAUUAAAACAGCCCCCCCCGUCGUGACCGCCGCCAAACAGGCCAGCUUCGCAUUCAGCGCAACGGACAACACCGCUCCGGGAGGGGGGGCGUGUCGGCAGUGCAUGUAUAGUUGCGCGCUAUUUCCGGUGACGAAUUUGACGACGUGCGGUAACGGCACGGGCACAACGUUCAGCGGUUUAGGCGUCCCGGGCAAAGUCACAACCUACACGUUCGUCGUCCAAGCCACAGACCCCGCCGGCAACGUCAGCCCCGCCCUGUCCACGUCAUACAAUUUCACCGUCAACCUCGCGCCGCCAAAGGUCGCCAUUCAGAGCGCGCCACGUGUCACCAACCAGACCACGGUCGCGCUUAACCUGACCGCGUCCUCAUUUGGGGGUGCCCAGAGCUGCCCCGACUGCGACUUCCUCUGCAAAUUGGAUAACGCCACGUGGCAGAGCUGCGUCCACGUGGCCAACAGCGGCGCGCCGAGGAUCACCUCCGGGGGGGUAAACUUUACGCUGUCCAGUUUGGGGGGUGCCGCGAAUGCUGCCCCGCAGCCGGGGCAGGGAGUUUCCACGCAGAGGUUACUCUUAGACAGCGUGGGUUUGCAGGCAAACCCCGCGGUUAGUGACCAGACGAACGCGGUUACGCUGGACCCUAGUCCGAUCGCCCAGUAUUACGAGUGGCUCCACUCUUUGUCGAGCCAGCAUUCGAACACUGUAGCAGGUUCUCUUUUUGAAGUUUCGGGGGGAGAGGAUUCUAGUCCGCCUCCGAUGACGUCAGACGAAAACCCUGUUACCCGGUCACAAGGCGCCGCGGUUCUUUUAGCCACGUCCCCCCCACCUCCGCCGCCGGUUCCAGUAAGCGCAAGCUCCCCCCCGGCGGCAGCAUCCGCCUCUUUCGACAAUAGCACAGGGUCUCUGGUUCUUUUCCUCUCGGGACUAAGCCCUGGGCCCCAUACGUUACUCAUCAACGCAACGGACAGCCUAGCUAACAGCAAUGUAACGGCGAUCCAGUGGUCGGUGGAAGUAGACCCUCCAACCGGGAAACUAACGGUCGCAGAGACUGUGAACCAGAACCCAUUUGCUGUCGAUCUUGUGUUCGACAAAGUGUGCGUCUUUCCGACGCUCGCCAACGCGAGUUCCGGCUCCGGAAAAGCGUUUCCGGCCGGUUGGAACGGCGGAAUCCGGCUGAGCGCCGGAGCGCAGUUGGUGGGCUUUGGGCCCCGCAACGCCAGCAGCGCGUAUACGCUACUAAUCCGGUCCAUAAGCGAUGGGCCCGUGACGGUGUCGCUCCUUCAGCAAAGCUGCUUUGACGGGGCCGGGAAUGGCAACCGGCCAAUCACAGUGCGGACGUAUCUCGACUCAACCGCCCCCACCGUCUCUCUGUCCGUCGACGCAAACCCCCUCGGCAGCGCGAGCGGCGUUUUCGUCGCCAACUGGAGCCCCAUCACUUUUCAAGCACAGAUGAGUGAGGCGGUGGUUGCCCCUGACGGCUGGAAAGCGCUCCUUUCGAACGGGCAAGCCGGCGACCUCCAGAUCCUCAAAACCAGUCCCUUCAUCGGGUCCUCGAACAGCACCACUGGUCCCACUGCCGUCAGUUUCACAGCCACCCCCUUCGCUGAGGGCUGGGUGAACCUUUCCGUUCCGGUGGGGGUGCUGACGGACUGGGCCGGAAACGGAAACGCCGCGUCAAACCAGAUUGCCAUCCUAUAUGACGUCACCGCACCCCAGGCCACCCUCAGCAGCAACGUCAGCGCCACGUCAGCACAGGCCUCGUUCGCCGUCCGCAUCUCUUUCAGCGAGCGCGUGGCGCAGUUCACGGGCGCAUCCAUCAUGACCUCCGGGGGAUCCCUCGCGUCCUUUGCUGACGUCAGCGGCGACGGCACCCUGUACACGGCCGUGGUUAGCACUAACCAGGGCCAAACCGUGACGAUUCAGCUGAGAGACGGGGCCGCCACGGACCUCGCUGGGAAUCCGAGCGUGGCGUCCAAUGCGAUCACAACACGUGGCGUGGAUAUUGUGACUGCACCAGCCGCGAAAGCCGGUCUUUCCGCCACGUGGAUAGCCGGCAUCGUUCUGGUUUCCCUGGCGUCAAUCGUGGGCAGCGUCGCCGCCUACAUGUACCUGAAACGGAAGCAGCAGAACGGAACGGAAGCGGAAAGCUCGAGCGAGGAAGGAACGAGUAACAGUGUGUCAGAUGGGCGGGUCUCGAGGAGGCGAACUGACACAAGCAGAAAACGACUGGCGCACCGGAAACGGUAUGAGGAGGAUUCUGCCCAAAGCCUUACCGCGAGCGAAAGUGCGGACGAGCGGACGGAACCUCGGAGGCGGAACGGAAGGGAGCGGAUAAGGGAACCGAGGGAACGGUCCGAGUACGAAUCGGAUGAGAGGAGGGGCGAGCGGAGGGAGGAGAGGUUCGACGACAAAAGAAGAGGUGGCGGAGGCUCGAAGCGAGCUGUGCGAAAUGGAGGGGAGGAGGUUGUGAGGCAUAAGAAGGCAGAAACCGGCCAGGUUAACUAUAACGAUGAGGUUAGAGAGAGAAGCCGUGAGACAGCUCAUCGAAGCCGAGACCAUGGGAGUCCAACCAGGCGACGGAAACCAGACCGCGAGCAGGAGAUCCGGCCGGAGGAUGACGAAGUUCUGACGUCACACCGUCAGCGUUCAAGCAGAAAGGGAAGGCCCCUCCGGGAAGAGGAGGUUUACGCGGAAGAAGGCGACGCCCCGACGUCACCUCGUCGUCACGUGAAUAGUAAAAGAAGGCCCGAUCGCCAAGAGGAGAUUUGGGAGGAGGAUGACGAUGUCCCGACGUCACAUCGUCAACAGUCGAGUAGAAGGAGAAGACCAAUGCAAGACGAGGUACUGUCUGAUGAAAGCGCCGAUCGGCGAGUCAGGAAACCGAAGCACGGCAGACUUCGAGCAAGGCCAACGGAAAGAUAUGAUCAAAGGAUAAUGCAGUAAUCAAGACUUCAAAUCUAGUGGGUACAAUUUUCUAGCUAGGCAAAACCAGUGUGCGUACGAAGGUCUAAAGUAGCAUUAUGCAUUACACUUGCACGAUAAACGCUUGCCCAAUAAUAGAGUUCUUC